ACAAGCUUCGAGGUAGCUUCACAUGUCAUAAUCCAGACCACGUGUUAUGUUUUCUCAAAAUGUUGAAUUAUCCUCUUUCCAUGAAAAUGAUAAACUCUUUGAAACAAAUCUUCGAGAUAAUAGACAUUUGCACCAAAAUAACCCAACUAGAACGAUGAUAUAAUCUCUCUCCUCAUCAAUGGAAAUUACUUCGCAGUUGAUGAACACUCCCAAACCUAACCCUUGCUUCAUGGUUAUACCUUCCACACGAUACAUCUGGCACGACCUCUUUCCAUCUUAGUUAAAACCUUUAAUUGUUGCCUUUCCUCUUGUUAAACCUUCAAAAAGAAAUGUCCGCACCAUUCCGAAAUCUGACAACUCAGGCGAAGUUAUGGAGAAUAGUGGGAUUAGUGUCAAGUGUCAUUGGGAUGCUGUGUUACGCGUGGAGCCUAUCUUCAAAAAAUGUGGAUGGAAAGUAUCACGUUUUGAAGAUCUCUCUUUACGGUGUGGUGAGUUUCACAAUCAUCUGUGUUAUGUUAUUUGCAAGGAAAGUGCGGUUCUCAAAUAAUUUCCUGUUGGUAGCUCUUGUGGAAGUUUUUGCUUUGAUGCUAACCUCUUUAUACAACUUCUUCAGUGAUAAAGACUUAGAUAAAACACUUGAUGUAUUUAGCUUAAUUUCUAACGGGUCAUUUGCUUUGGUGUUAUUGAGUAUAAUGAAGCAAAUUGACCUUCCGUUUGAAGCGGAACUGCUUAAUUUUUAUCUUGGAUGUCUUGUGACACAACUCAUGAACAUCAACUUGGGACUCGUUUUGGUUGGAGCAGCUUACUGUUAUUUUCUCAACGUUCUUCGCUCCUAUUCAGAUAUCGAACUAGAGAUUGGAACUGCUAGUCAUGAAGAGCAUGUGGCUAUUCAAAUUGAUACUGGUAAGGGAGAAGAAAGAGAAGCUGACACAGAUCACACAAGCCAACUCUAUUUGCUUCUGGGAAUUGAGAUAAAAAAUGAGGAGACAGUUAUGUAUCCUCAUGACUUUGAAGCCAAACUUAUGGAGGCAAUGGCUUCGGGUUUUGUGAAGGAGCACUGCUACCAUGUUUUCUGCUGUUGGCGAAGACAAGUCUUGGAGGAGGAGUUGUUGUUAAAGGACCUAAAGAGCAUCGAAGAGGUUCACAUGAUGCCAUUGAAACAUCUCAAAGAUGAAGUUGGACGCUGGAUUAAAGCUUCCAAGGAUGCUUUCGGGGAAUUGUUUCCUAACGAACAACAUCUCUGCAAUCGUGUCUUUGAGUUCUCUCCUUUUGCUGAUCGCUCUUUCAUGGAGGUUUGUCAUGAACCCAGCAUUCUUCUACUGAAUUUCUUCGCUAAUGCCGUGGCUAGUACAAGCCGUUCACCACAGCGUUUGUUCAUAAUGCUUUUCGUGUUUGAGACACUGAAUGAACUCUUACCUAACUUGGAGUCAAUGUUCUCAGGUAAAGAAGGUUGUGUGGUUCUCAAUGAGGCAAAUAGAAUCUGUAAAAGGUUAAGAGAAGCAAUAAGAGGAGUUUUCUUGGAGAUGGAAAAUCUGAUUCGUCAAGACCCGGCAAAGGUGGUUGUUUCCGGUGGUGGGCUUCAUCCAACUAACCGCUAUGUGAUGAACUACCUCUUUGUUGCUUGUGAUUGUUGGAAGACCCUUGAGCUUGCUUUUAACGAUGAAGGGUCACUUCCUUGUUCUUCAUUGUCUCUCCAGGUGACUCAAGUUUUGGAGUUGUUGGAGAGCAAUUUGAAAGCCAACUCCAAGAUCUACAAAGACUCUUCCAUGAGCUCUAUCUUCAUGAUGAACAAUUGGAUGUACAUGGUUCACAAGGUGAAAAAGUGUGAGCUAGGAAAAGUGUUGGGUGAUGAAUGGAUCCAGAAACACAUAGUGAAAAUGCGGCAAUAUCUUGUACACUACCAGAGAAGCUCAUGGGACCAGAUACAUGGUAUGUUGAAUAUAGACAAUAAUGAGUCACUGGCACAUGAUGAAUCUGCAGUGUCAUGGAAAGAAAAGCUCGAGCUUUUUAAGAGGAAAUUUGAGGAGAUAUGUCUGAAUCAGUCUACAUGGGUUGUCAUUGAUGACCACCUAAGAGAAGUCAUGAAAAGUUCAUUGAAGAAAAACUUGUUGCCGGCGUUUGAAAAUUUCAUCGCAAGAUUCCAAAAUGCAAUAAAUCCUCGAGAAAAUAUGGAUAUGCAUGAGGAGUUUGGGGCCCAAGGUGUUGCGACUCAUAUAGACAAGCUGUUCCAGGGAAAAGAUGAGCACAGAAACCCCAGAACUAUUCAGCCAACAUGGAACGUAGUCCUGCGCAGUACACAAGAUUUUUAUGAAUGGAGGAAGUGCGCUGAGAAGACAAUCGUUAAUUCUUCAUACCCAAGAAAAUACUACAGAUGCAUCUGCAGGAAUGAUCAAGGUUGUCGAGCAAGAAAACACGUCCAACAAAUACAAGAGAAUCCAAAGCUGUACAUGACUAACUACUCCGGCUUCCAUACAUGCAGUGUGCUCUAUAUGCUUCACAAUGCUCCGUAAAUGCCUAACAAAACUGAUACUCAGGGAAACAUUUAUUUUUCAUUGCGACUCGACAGCUGUAAUAUAAAACUAGAAUAUUCCAACUCUUGUAAUGCCACUAGACAACUUUGCUAUUUUUUAUUUUAUUUUUUAUUUUUUUGUAUAUAUUCAGUGUAUAUUAAAUGUGUGAAUACGAUGCUCCUAUAUCAAAUUUAUAUUAA